AUGAAUUCUGUCGAUUUGAAAUUGGAAAAAGCCAACGCGAUCUUCCGGUUCCGAAAGCUUCAAAAUCUCACGAAUCUAUUUCGAUUCAUGGAGAUGUUUGUUUUCUUUGUUUUGAUUUCUAAGUUAUCUUAUCAACUUCCGUUCGCCAUUAGAGUCUCUGCUGAGCAUUUCAGGGGAGUUUCCUUCUUGAUUUUUAGCCCGAGGUAUGUUUUUGUGAUUGGAAACGUGAUUAUCUUAAUUCUAUUAUUCAAAUCUCGAGUUACUGAAAAUGGUGAUCUCAACGGAAAUAUCGAUGUUUACGAUGAGUAUGUUAAGAGAUGCGAGAAGAACGUAGCGAACCCCAUUAACAUUUUAACUGUAGCUACUACUGAAAUUGUUCCGAGUGAGGAGAAGAAGAUUUGCAGGAGUCAAUCGGAGAAUCUUAUGAUCGUGAAUAGAAAGGGAAAUCAAAAUCACCGGGAAUUAAGACGCUCGGUGACGGAGAGAAACAUAUCGAAGAAGAUUGAUCGUGGUGGCUGUGUGACUGCGGUACAGGAGAAGAGUUGCGCAGCGGAUGAAUUGAGUGGCGAAGAGUUCCGGCGAACGGUGGAGGCAUUUAUUGCGAGGCAGCAACAAGCCCUUCGAAAUGAAGAGUUGACUCAGGUAGCUUGUAUAGGUGCAUAA